AUGGAUCCCAAGCUUUCGUUUAGUUGGAAUAGCAAGUUGCAAACAAAUACUUUCGCUCCUCAGCAAACAAGUGUCCUAGCCCCUGAAGCUGCUCCGUAUAAUCGAAUCGAAACUGAAGAAGAAAUUGAAGUAAAGCGAGUUUCUUUAUUUGUUGACAUCCUUCACUAUGAAUUCAAAAAGCAUCGAGGUUAUAAAGCAGCUGAUUGAAGAUCAUUAUAUGAGUACUAUUUAAAAAACAUCGUAAAUUCCCAGUUUUAUUCAUCAAGAAAAGAAAAGUCUUUAGUGAACAUGAAAAGUUUUUUCACAGAAGGGAUGCUUACCAAAGAAACUCAAGCUAGACUUUAUGGAGGAGAACCGUGGUUCCCAAACUAUGUAGAAAAUGAAAGAGAUCAGACACUUGAUUGGCUUCAAACAUUGAACCCAGAAGAUGUAGAAUAUACCCUCUGGUCUUUUUAUGAAGGCGAUAUAUUGAAAAAGCGACUAGAACUUGAGAAAGUUAAGGCAGAAGAAAAGAUGAGACUGAAGAUGAGCAAAAUGAGAAAAAAAAAUUUAAAUCCUCAGAAAAUCGAAUUUUCUAUUAUCGAAUUGUUAUUGAAAAAUUUUAAAAAGAAAAAUGGAUUUAGCUCGAAAAAUGUAACAAUAUUAGUGCGUUUCUUCAGAAAAUUUAGAGGAGCUGAAGAGCUUUAUAGCAAUAUAGAUGAAGAUGAUAUUGAAUUCACCCUUAUAGAGUAUUUCAAAGUCAAAGAAGAGGAAAAAACAAGCACAAGACUUGAUAAUAUCGGAGCUGUUUUUACCCAAAAAAAGCCGCCAACAAAGAAAAAGCGAAAACUUCCUUCAAGAUCCUUUAAAAUUACUGCUGAUUCUUUGCCAAUAAAGCAGCCUGUCGCUUUGGCUUCUACAAAUAUCAACACUUCUCAAUCUCUCCAAUUGCCUCCACAGGAUUUUCUGAUAAAAAAAUAUGACGAGCUAAAUUCUAUAUUAAAGCUUAUAGAAAAGCAUAAAGAACAGAAGCAGUCUUAUACAAAUGAGCCUGAAGUAUUAUUUAUUUUUUAUAAAGAAAUUCCAAAAGAGCGCCCCAAAUCCGAGACAAAUGACAAAGAGCUCAAUAAAAGAGACAAGACAAUUUACCAAGAAGACUUUAAGUUUCCUCAAGAGCCAAAAGAAGUAGAAAUUUUAUUGAAUAGAUUUUUCUCAAGAAAUGUUAUGAUUACAAGAAUUAUGGCUCUUUAUAAAAUUUUCUAUGGGUAUUAUACAAAUAAUGGAAGAACCUUAUUUGAUUUCUGGUGCAGUAUUGAAAAAGAUGAUAAAUAUCGCUCAGGAAUUUACAACAGUAAAAGUGAAGAAAUUUUGUCAUUUAUUACAUCAUUUUUUGAAAAUCAAGAAAAUCUAAAAAAAGAAGAAGAAGAAAUGAGGAAGUUGAAAGAAAAUGAAAAUAUUUUGAAGCAUAAGCAGAAGUAUGCAAAUAUCAAAAGAGAAGGGUUAUAUCAGAAGGAUGAAAAAAGAUGGAGGCUAGGCAAAAAUAUCCUUGAAAUGGCUAAAAAAUUCCCAUUAGAUCCAGUUCUCAAAAAAAUGCUAAAAGUAGAGCUGCAAUUUAACCCUUACUUAAAAUAUGAUUUAGAAUACGACACUGCCAAUCUUCAAGACGAAAAUGCAAGAAAAGCUCGUCUCCGAAACCUUUCUUCACCAAAACGAAAAGACAUGAGAAGUCAGGAUGAAAUCAUGAGACAAGCUUGGGAAAAAUCAAAAAUUCUUGAAAGGCAAGAAAACGAAAGUAAAAUGGCUGAAAUGAGAAUGCUGAAUUUGCAGGAAAAAGAAAUGUUUAAAUCCACACAAGAGCUCGUAAAACAGUACCUAAACAAGCGAGCGACUCAAAAAAUCUCAAUUUCUACCCAACUCGGCGUUAGCUAUGCAUUAUUAAAAACCCAAUUUCCAUUGGCUGUCAAAAAGCAUUUCCCGUUCUAUAAUUAUGGCAGUGUAAAAAAUUCCAAAGGUCAAGAGACCUUUAAAAAAGCCUACCCGCUUAAAUGGAAGCAUUAUUUCUUCUCUCUUGUGAAAUCUUAUUUAAAGACGUCUGAAGGGCUAAUUUUACUAAAAAAUCUUCCAUGCAAUUUUUGGACGCCACCUUCUGCUGAUAAAUGCACAAUUCAUACAAUGAGCUGCCCUCCUAACUGUGAAUAUGCAACAUGAAACAAAAAAGCAUUGCAACAGACUAUUAAAGAAGAUAAAUAUGUACUAAAUUGGCAUGAAAAACUUAGACCUUGGGCCAGACCUGACACUUUAAAUAAAAGAGAACAGAUUUUUAUGAGCUACGCUGAUGCUAGAGAAUGCACAUUUGAGCCAAAAACAGGGUCGAAGGUCCCUAAAAAGCAUUUAGAUUUGGCAAUGAAGACUUUUGGGGAGCUGAGAAAUACAAUUCAGCCGGGAGAAGCUCCAAAUUUCGCUAUGUGGGUUAACAGAAUGGGAAAGAAUUUCCGAUCUAGAGAGCCAUUGAUAUUUAAAACUGGGAUCUACAAACAAGCUAAAGCUCUUUUCCAUCAAGGUGCUCCAGAAGCUGCAAAAAAGAAACUAGUCGAUAACUUCAAUAUCCCAUGCAUUUUAGAUCAUUGGGAACCUGGAAAAAAUCGACCUACCAUGAAUGAGAAGCCUCCAGAAGAAUUCAACAAUCCAGAAGCCCUAGAAUUGAUGGAAAACGUUUACAACCUAUUCUGCGCUAUAAGAGAACUUAAAAGAGAUUUAAGAAGACAAAUAGAUAAACUCAAAAAAGAAGACGCAAGGGAGCUUAAAACCUUCAUGUGCCCUUGCAAAGAUGAAAAUUGCCCCGGAGACGUACGUCCUAGAUGGAGCAAUACUGAUAUCCCUACAAAUGUUCCUCUAGGCAAAAAUUGUUCCUUGGCUCAUCAUACCUUUGAAUUAAGGUUUUCACAAGAAGAAAAAGCUAGAAGGAAGGCUAGAUCAAAAGCCAUUGAAGUUUUAUCAAAACUUAUACAAGAAUACAAGCCAAAGCCAGCAUGGAAACCUGAUGGAUCUCUAACUGACUGUCCGAGAUGCAAGCAAACCUUUAUUUAUAAGCCUGAAGUCGAGCAUAAAGGUAUCACAAAAAUUGAAGAUUUUAGUAGGUCGCUUGGCUGUUUCUGUAAUAAAUGUGCAUUAGAGCAAAGACUAAAGAUGAAACAGUCAAAUUUCUUGCAGAGGUCUAAAAUUACUAACGAGAAAUUCCAUCCAGAUCCAAAUAGGCUGGAUAAAGCGUUGCUAUACUCGAAGAAAUUAGGGAUUUAUAGAAAAGCAAUAACACUAUUUACAAAUAGCAGAACGGUAGCAGCAUUUAAUGCGAUCUCUGAGGCAUUGAGAAUAGUGAGAACUGAAAGAGAUGAAGAAAAUAAAGCAAUUGAAAGCAAAACGAAUAAGCUGAAGACAAAAAUUGGGCUGGAUCCGAAUUUUUCGUUGAAUGAUACAGACGAAUUUGGAAGAACUCAGCAGUCAUUGCAGAAUGAUAAUACAAAUGCUCAGAACUUACAAAAAAUUGAAUUAUUUAUACCAUUUUACUUUAAAACACUAUAUUAUUUUAUUGCAUUCAUUUUUUUAAAAAUCAAUACAAAACAAUAUAAAAACAACUACAGAAAAAUUGCAUGUAGGCAAUGCAAACCACUUCAUGAACCAUCAAAUUGAGCUUCUUUACCUAAAAAUUGAAGAAAAACUUAUGAAAGAGCAUCAGUAUAUUGAAGAUUUAAGAGAAAAAGCAGAAAAACUAGAAGAUGUGGAGCAAGGAGAAGAAAGGAAUGCCAAAACAACCAGCUACUUAAUGAGGCCAAAUAAAAUUGAAAUGUGCCCAUUUAUUAAAAAUAAGAAGAAAUGCCCUAAUAAAGACUGCCAAUAUGCUCAUAGUGCAAUUGAGCUUGAUUUAGUUCCAAAGCAUAAGGUAGCAGAAAACCUUUAUCAGACAUCGGAAGCCCUUGAAACAAGACUUAAAAAAGAUGAAAGGCCGCCUGAUUGGAAACCUUGGAAAGAGCAUAGAGAUAUCAUGCCAAAUCCAGAUAAACCUGCAGAAAAAGACAUCACUUCUGAUAAAGUUUUAGGAAAAUUGCCUUUCGAACGAAACUAUUAA